AUGUUUAGAAUUUCACCUUCGUUGGCCUGGAGGCGGACAGCGGCUUUCUAUCUACGGGCGGGUAAACUUGGCCAAUAUGAACGGGAAGCCUUUGAAGCGCGGAGAAGACUAGAGGAAUCGAAAAACUAUCCCGGACCAAUUCGUUCGGCAACUCCAGGAGACACUCGUUUUUAUGCAGGAAGCUUGGAAUCGAUUCUUCAGGAUAACGAUAGACACUAUUGGAGGGCUGUGAUAGAUGAUCCUCAAGUGCAAUAUGUUAUUCCUUUAAGAAUUCGAUUUAAGUUAUUUACUUGGGUCACAACUGGUUGGGAACAAAGACUACAUAUUGUGCAAACAAUGGCACCAAGAGAUAUCACAAUUGCUCGACUUAUUGAGCUUGUUACUAUCGAAAAUCAGUCUCCAUACCUUUGUUCUUCUACUUUUACUCUUGCUGUUGAUGGAAAGGAAUUGGAUCCUGAUAAAAGCUUGUCAGAUUACGGAAUUACAGAGCACUCUCGCAUCGAUGCAAUAGAAAAACUGGACCACUUGCUCCAUAAAGACAGUGAAAGACCAUUGGACUGGACAGUAGAUGAGAUGACUACAGAGUGCUUAAAACGUAGCCCAUACAAGGAAAUGGGCAUGCAGCCUCAACCGAAUCUGGCUCCACGUUACGAAGCGCGUCCCAAGGGAUAUUUUGGGCGUAAUAACUAUAGUGGCAUGAAGCAAGAAUCAUGA